AUGUUACCACUAACCAUUAACGGGGACUGUGUGGAGAGGGUGGCAGACUUCCGCUUCCUGGGAGUUCACAUCGAGGAGGGCCUGACCUGGGGUGUGAACUCCACAGAGCUCAGCAGCACAGCGGCCCAGAAGAAGGCCCUCCAGAGGGUCAUCAACUCAGCCCAAAAGAUCAUCGGCUGCACCCUUCCCACACUGGAGGAACUGCACAGUUCCCGCUGCCUCAAAAAGGCUCAGAACAUUGUUAAAGACACUUUCCAUCCUGGUCACAACCUGUUUGAGCUGCUGCCAUCAGGCAGGCGAUACAGAAGCAUCAAGGCCAGGACAAACAGGCUGAAAAACAGCUCCUACCCCACUGCACGUGAACUCAAAUCUAACCUGAAGAAGAAGUGUGAGUGUGUGUUUGAGGGGAUUGCUAAAGCAGGAAAUCCAACACUUCUGAAUCAGAUCUACACAGAGCUGUACAUCACAGAGGGAGGGAGUGGAGAGCUCAGUGAGGAACAUGAGGUCAGACAGAUUGAAACAGCAUCCAGGAAACGAGCCAGACCAGAAACACUAAUCUCAUGUGAGGACAUCUUUAAACCUUUACCUGGAAGAGAUCAACCAAUCAGAACAGUGAUGACAAAGGGAGUGGCUGGCAUUGGGAAAACAGUCUUAACACAGAAGUUCACUCUGGACUGGGCUGAACACAAAGCCAACCAGCAUGUCCACUUCACAUUUCCAUUCACUUUCAGAGAGCUGAAUCUGCUGAGAGGGAAAAAGUUGAGCUUGGUGGAACUUCUUCAUCACUUCUUCACUGAGACCAAAGAAGCAGGAAUCAGCAGGUUUGAGCAGUUCCAGGUUGUGUUGAUCUUUGACGGUCUGGAUGAGUGUCGACUUCCUCUGGACUUCAACAACAACCAGAUCCUGACUGAUGUUACAGAGUCCACCUCAGUGGACGUUCUGCUGACAAACCUCAUCAAGGGGAAGCUGCUUCCCUCUGCUCGCCUCUGGAUAACCACACGACCUGCAGCGGCCAAUCAGAUCCCUCCUGAGUGCGUUGGCAUGGUGACAGAGGUGAGAGGCUUCACUGACCCACAGAAGGAGCAAUACUUCAGGAAGAGAUUCAGAGAUGAGGAACAGGCCAGCAGAAUUAUCUCCCACAUCAAGACGUCACGAAGCCUCCACAUCAUGUGCCACAUCCCAGUCUUCUGCUGGAUCACUGCUAUGACACUGGAGGACAUGUUGAAAUCCAGACAGAGAAGAAACCUGCCCAAAACCCUGACUGAGAUGUACAUCCACUUCCUGGUGGUUCAGUCCAAAGUGCAGAAUGUCAAAUAUCAUGGGAGAGAUGGGACAGAUCCAGUCUGGACUCCAGAGACCAGGGAGAUGAUCCUGUCUCUGGGAAAACUGGCUUUUGAGCAGCUGGAGAAAGGCAACCUGAUCUUCUAUGAAGCAGACCUGGCAGAGUGUGGCAUUGAUAUCAGAGCAGCCUCAGUGUACUCAGGAGUGUUCACACAGAUCUUUAAAGAGGAGCGUGGGCUGUACCAGGACAAGGUUUUCUGCUUCGUCCAUCUGAGCCUUCAGGAGUUUCUGGCUGCUGUUCAUGUCUUUGUGACAUUCAUCAACUCUGGAGUCAAUCUGAUGUCGCAAAAAUCAACCUCCAGGUGGUCUGCACUGUUCAAAAAGAAAACUAAACUAAAAGAACUCCUCCAGAGUGCUGUGGACAAGGCCUUACAGAGUCCAAAUGGACACCUGGACUUGUUCCUGCGCUUCCUCCUGGGUCUUUCACUGCCGACCAAUCAGACUCUCCUACGAGGCCUGAUGAGACAGACAGGAAGUAGCUCACAGACCAAUCAGGAAACAGCUGAGUUCAUCAAGGAGAAGAUCAGGAAAAAUCCCUCUCCGGAGAGAAGCAUCAACCUGUUCCACUGUCUGAAUGAGCUGAAUGACCAUUCUCUAGUGGAGGAGAUCCAACAGUACCUGAGAUCAGGACGUCUCUACACAGACAAACUGUCCCCGGCUCAGUGGUCAGCUCUGGGCUUCAUCUUACUGUCAUCAGAAGAAGAUCUGGAGGUGUUUGACCUGAAGAAAUACUCUGCUUCAGAGGAGGCUCUUCUGAGGCUGCUGCCAGUGGUCAAAGCCUCCAAGAAAUCUGUGCUGAGUGGCUGUAAUCUGUCAGAGAGAAGCUGUGCAGCUCUGGCCUCAGUUCUCAGCUCCCAGUCCUCUAGUCUGAGAGAGCUGGACCUGAGUAACAACGAUCUGCAGGAUUCAGGAGUGAAGCGUCUCUCUGCUGGACUGGAGAGUCCACACUGCAGACUGGAGGCUCUCAGGCUGUCAGGCUGUCUGCUCACACAGGAAGGCUGUGCUUCUCUGGCCUCAGCUCUGAGCUCCAACCCCUCCCAUCUGAGAGAGCUGGACCUGAGCUACAAUCAUCCAGGAGACUCAGGAGUGAAGCUGCUCUCUGCUGGACUGGAGGAUCCAACCUGGAGACUGGAGGCUCUCAGGUUGUGUUGCUGUGAUAUUGCCCCGGGGCAGACCCAGGACUAUGUAUCUGGCCUGGGAACGCCUUGGGAUCCCCAGGAAGAGCUGGUGGAUGUGGCCAUGGAAAGGAUCAUGUGGGCCGACCUCCUCAGCCUGCUGCCACCAUGA